UAAUACUAUUAAAAAUUAUCUUGUCUAUAAUUUUUUCUUAAGAUAUUUAUCUUUAAUAAAUAUGGUCUCAUGAGGUUCUGUUUAUCUUUUCUAAAGAGCUGCUGCUGGACAUGCAUCCGGGCGUGAGGGUCCAUGUGCCCACUCUGGCCCUGCUGGGCAUGUUUUGCCGAGGUUGCCUGAGCAGAGCGCAGAGUUUGCCCCGUCGCAGCUUCAGCACUUUGCACAAGCGAAUGAGCAGGUGGAACAGUGUGGAGACCAGCAGCCCGCUACCUUCUCAGGAACACCCUCGUGUCCUCAUCACAGGUGGCCUCGGGCAGUUAGGUGUGGGGCUUGCACAAUCACUGAGAAAACUGUAUGGACAAGAGAACGUCAUCCUGUCAGACAUCAAGAAGCCUCCGCCUCAUGUUUUCACCAGUGGUCCAUUCGUAUACGCUGAUGUGUUGGACUACAAGAACCUUAGAGAGAUUAUUGUAAAUAAUCGAAUCACUUGGCUCAUCCACUACAGUGCUUUGCUCAGUGCUGUUGGCGAGGCUAAUGUGGCUUUGGCUCGCAAGAUCAACAUCACAGGCCUUCAUAACGUGCUGGACUUGGCCUUGGAGAACUGCCUGCGCCUCUUUGUCCCCAGCACCAUCGGAGCGUUUGGCCCCUCCUCUCCACGUGACCCGGCCCCAGACCUCUGUAUCCAAAGACCUCGAACCAUUUAUGGCGUGUCCAAAGUGCAUGGGGAGCUGAUGGGAGAGUAUCUCCAUCAUAAAUAUGGCCUGGACUUCCGCUGCCUACGUUACCCAGGUGUGAUAUCGGUCAACAGUUCUCCUGGAGGAGGAACCACAGACUACGCAGUUCAAAUCUUCCACGAUGCUCUCAGCACGGGUCACCACGAGUGCUACUUGCGACCUGACACUCGUCUACCCAUGAUGCACAUCUCUGACUGCCACCGUGCCACAGUGGAGUUCAUGCAGGCUCCGGAGUGCCAAAUGUCCCUGCGUACCUACAACAUAGCUGCCAUGAGUUUCACUCCGGAAGAGGUGGCCCAAGAAAUACGCAAGCAUCUCCCCCAUCUCAAGGUCACCUACAACCCAGAUCCUGUCCGCCAGACCAUUGCAGACAGCUGGCCGGUCAGGUUUGAUGACACCAACGCUCGCAGAGACUGGGGCUGGGCACCAGACUUCGGGCUUGAAGACCUGGUGUCCGACAUGUUGCACUUCAUUCGAAACAAGAGGACCAGUAAGGGUUUGCCAGUCAGCUAGCAAACCCUGCUCCACAGAGACUGACCAAUGCCCUACCCCUACACGAACAAUACACUAUCUCUCACUUCACUUUUCAGAAAGUUGUCAGCCACCUAUCCUGUGUUUCUCUGGAACAUUACAGCAAUGAGCCACGGCCUGUUUGUAAGGUGGGGAUUCAGUCAGAAGCCCUCAGAAUACAGUGGCCAUGAUGGGAUUUCACAAGCAUGCACACAGUGACACACACCUCAGUCUUUUUCAGGGAAUAAUAUGCUGUCAAAUCUUCUCUCCAUCUUUGUUGUUUGUAAUUGUGAUCGUGGUACCAGCAUCACUCAUUUGCAAAAGAAAUUGUUUUGUUAGCUUCAGUGAUUUCCAAAAAUAUCAUACAAAUCACGUGCGUGGACUCACCAGUCUGUUAAAUGUCUGUUACAAUGUCCAAUACAAUAUGGACCAGUCGCACAUUGAAAGUAUCAAAGCUGUUGGACACUUUGGUUCCAUGAUCAUCUGGAACGGCUGGCCCAGUUAGCUCUGGACUGAAAAUACACAUCAUGUUUUCUGGCUGUUUCAUAAUAUCAAGUGAAAAUCACACACUGGACAAUAACCCACUCCCCUUGCUGUGGCAUCGAACAGGAAGCCUUUAGUUUACUUUCUUCUGGCCAGCAGUGUGAUUUUGAUUAUGAAUAUGCACCAAUAACAAGCCUUAUUGACUGUAGAUUACUUUUGGAAAACUGUCUAAAAUGCAGUGUUGUUUGAAUCAGACUUUGAAUAAUAAAAAAUGUAAUUUACUUA